ACAAAGAUAAAUGAUUAAGCGGUGGUGAAAUGGGUUGAACUAGAAGAAGCCCAACAAUAAAAUAAAAUAAACAGAAUAACAUUUCUUCCCUCGGCGUCGUCGUCUACUUCUUCUGCUUCAGCAACCUUCGUCUUCGUCGACCGUCGUCGACGUCGCAGAAAAUUAUCUGUAUCGGCCGUUGCUGCCUUGGCGACUCAAUCUGGACGGCCUCGCUUGGGAUCACUCAUUUAAUCUGAAAGAAAACGUAGUGUACCCAAUUUCGAUUGAAUGAGGUCUUGCAGUUCAUCUGUCUUCUCAACCUGAAAUUUUCGCUCUCAGUGUAGUUAAAAAUCCAUGGCGGCCAUUUACAGUCUCUACAUUAUAAACAAAUCAGGUGGCCUCAUUUUCUAUAAGGAUUAUGGGUCUGUAGGAAGAAUGGACACAAACGAUAGUUUGAGACUGGCAAGCUUGUGGCACUCAAUGCAUGCCAUCUCUCAGCAGCUUUCUCCGGUUUCUGGGUGCUCCGGAAUCGAGCUACUUCAGGCUGACACUUUUGAUCUUCAUUGCUUCCAGACUCUCACAGGCACAAAAUUCUUUGUGGUGUGUGAGCCAGGGACUCAGUACAUGGAGAGUCUUCUGAAACAUAUUUAUGAGCUAUACACUGACUACGUGCUGAAGAACCCUUUCUAUGAGAUGGAGAUGCCUAUCCGCUGCGAACUUUUUGACAUAAAUUUGGCACAAGCGGUACAAAAGGACCGCGUCGUAUUGUUGGGGCGAUAACCUGAACGACACAACCGAAGCAUACUACAGUUCAUUUAUUCUAAGGGGAGUUUGCUUCUGUCUACGCCAUCGACCGGUCUGUCGAUCUGGAAAUGAGGUCACAUUCUCUUCUAUAUCCUCUUUACUGAUUUGAACUUAGGUAGAAAAUUGUGUCUCUUAUGAAUGCUCCAUUGCUGUUUAUUUGAUAUCUGCUUUUGAAAUCUUAUUUGGUGAUUAAUUGCUGAACAUGUAUGUUAACAUAUACAUAUACUUGUGGGACAAUAGAAUGAUAUAUUGGAAUUUAGGGACGUGUUUCUUUUUGUAUUUUACUUUGGAUUUUUUACUUGAAUAGUGAUAUUACUUAUUUACUUCAA